AUGCUACCCGAUAACAUCUACAACAGCUAUCUCGAAUACAAAAAAGACACCAAUACGUACAUCAACUGGCUCUGCAGCACUGCAACACGUAUAGGCUUUCCGCCGCCCUACAAGUCAUCGUUAGAAUCAACGGCAUCAAAAUCACAGGCCCGGAAAAAGAAGAAGCUAGAAGAGCGAGAAGUCAGUAUUAGCGGACUAAUUGCAUGUGCGGAGGCAAUCGUAGAGAAACCGCCCAGGCAAUUCGUCGUUCCUGUAUACGCUGCUCAGUGCGCUGCACGGGCUAUCAGACAACGGAAGAAGUCAUCGCAAUGGCAUGAGAGUCAGGUUGAUGGGUUGGAUGGAAUUGAGAAGGUAGUGAAAGAAGAAGAUAACGCCGGUCAUACUUUCUUCACGGAGACGCUGGAGCAUACGCUCAAUAUCUUACGACCGUUUAUAUGCAACGCGCAACACGCCAACAAGACUGGUGAUAAGGCUCAACGACAUCAUUCUAUGGAUGAUAUUACCAAUCGCUUCAGUAGGCUUGAGAUUGAGGAGUUGGCUGAUCAGGAAGUCGAGAGUGCUGCGGUUGCGGUCGCCGAGAAACCACCAACAACGUCACGGAUCAGAUACGUUGUCGAUAACAGCGAAGAAGAGCGCCAAGUCGCUAUGGAAUCCCUUCUGCAUGAUCACUUACGCAUCAAACAGGCCAUCCGCAAGGCAUGGCAAGAAUAUUUGUUGGACAGAAACCUUGACCUCAUCACGACCGCGGCAACAACUCAAGCCGGGUUGCAGAUGCUCCGGAGUCUCGUUCACGAGUUCACGAUGCAGUUCCCCGAACUCAAGUCGAUGGAAACAUUCUGCUCGGACUAUCUUCGUAAACGCAAAGACAUCCAAUCAUGUUCCGACAAAGCUAUCCCGGUAGAUACGAGCGACGCGAAUGUCCAGAUCCCAAAACACGUGGCCGAAUUCAGCUGCCUAGACACCUAUACCACUAUCCAGCAUGCGUUGAGUCGUUUCUUCCAGGAUGAAAAGUACGCCCGUCGAUACCGGGUAAUGGAGGCUAUGCUUCGAGACGGCUAUUUUGACGACUACAAAACGGACAUGCCUGCCCUACAACCACUGGUCAACGCCCUGGAAGACGUCUUAGGCAUGGAUGUCGAUGGAAUGGGCAGCUUUCAAGAUCCUCCCAUUAUGGACAACUUCACUCAACUCUGGCGAGAGUAUCUCCAGACUUUAUAUUCUGCUCCCAAAUCGGAGGGACAAGAAAAGAGGGAACUUCCUGAUCUGAGCGUGGAACUGGUCCUCUGUACGGAUCUAUACCUGAAGGUACAAGAGGUCGUCACACUUGCCGAACCAAACAUCAUAAGAGACGACUACAAGAACAACUGGGUAUACAAGAAUUACUAUCAGAAUGACAGCGACUCUGGUCAUAUCCUGGAGUUAUUAAAACAAUACCCAUUCACAUCAAAUUCAAUCCGUAAAACGCUCACCUCUUUCUUCCGAAGCGAUGCAGACACAGCAAAGGUUGUAGACUGGCAUACCAGGGAAAAGUUUUGGUUCCGACGCGUCAGUAUGAAAGAAAAGAUAACAGGUAUCAGGAUAAGUGGAAGAGAAGAUUGCGCCGUUGGAGUCUUUCGUUGGGAUUGGCCACGAUACAACCCGUUUUUAGCUGGCCUGAUAGCCUUUGUCGUCGCCCAAGCUGUUGAUGAGUUCAAUACAGUAACCCAGAACCACAGCGGCAGCCCGGUCGCGACGGCACAUCUCUAUAACUACCUACGACAGGCUCACAGCGUGAUAGCCUCAUCCCCCUGCACGCCUGUGUUGGCAAAGGAGUGGCCAGAUAUGGAAGCCUAUCUCAAGAUCAUGGGCGACAAGAGUGUAUUCGGUGGCGAUCGACCGCGGACUCUGCGACAUUGCCUGCAACAGGCUCACUGGCUUCACAAUAAGCUAAAAGACCCCUUGAGAGCUAUCUCGGAAGAAAAUGGAAAUGGCUACACACCGCCCGCGUGGGACAACGAAGACACUAUACCCUUACACAUUAUCUGGCACGAGAGUCGCCAUCAAGAGAGAACCAGUAGCUUGAACUACGAAACGAGAAAAGUGAACUCACAGCCGACGUAUAGGGCGGCGAGUGUUAUAGAGGAGACAUUUUUGAGUAGCAACUCAAGGCCAAAAGUACCAUCUUAUGGUACGAGAAAGUUUGAGGAGAUGAUAAAGGCAUUCCACUGCAUAAACCCCCUCGACAAAGAGCAAGAAGAGUUUCACGCUCAACACUGGGCCGAGUGGGUUCUCGCCGAUGAAGAAGCGGUGCAGAAGUCUGCAGAUGAGGUUCUAAAUCGAAAAGGCAUGACGGAAUUGUGUCUGCCACCUUCAUUCCGUGAACUCAUCGCUAGUCCCUCAGCAGCGGAAAGCUCGCCCAACCUACCAGACGAAGAGACCAACACGCGAAACCAGCAGAAGGAGAUUUCUACAGCCGAUGCAAACAAAGCUGCAUUUGAAGGAAUACUCCGGCUUUUGCGCCAGGCUAGAGCGGACAACGAUCAGAUGAAGACGGCGGGGUUGGUACAGGAAGCUUUUGCCAGGCUGGGGGCGCUUGGAGGGGAUCAUGUGUUGGCCCCGGAGGAUCAUCAGGAGAUUGUCAAGGCUGCUGAGGGAUUCUUGGGGAAGGGGGUGAGUAAAGAUGGGCAUGGUCGUGUUUACUAUAUUCGUGUUGGACAGGCUGCUCAACAGCCUUAG